AUGGACAUACCUAUGUUGCCUCUCUUCUUCUUCCUUCUACUUCUUCCCACCGCUUAUUCAGUUUCUUUCCAAAUAACUCGAUUUGAACCCACUGCCACCGACAUACUGUAUCUGGGUGAUGCUGUACCUUCUGCUGGAGCCAUUGAAAUGAUCAACACAAAUAAACUUGAUUGCCGAGUAGGUUUGGCCAUCUAUGCUAAGAGGGUGCCAAUCUGGGACUCUGAUACGAGAAAGCUCACUGACUUUACUUCACAUUACUCCUUCACUAUCAACACCCAAGGACAUUCUCACUAUGCCAGUGGGCUAGCAUUCUUCUUGGCUCCUGCUGGGUUUGAAAUCCCGCCAAAUUCAUCUGGUGGAUUUCUAGGCCUAUUCAACACCACAACCAGUACUGAAUCUACUGAUUCAUCUCGGAACCAAAUUGUUGGAGGAUGGGUAUGGGAUUUGGUCGGCGUGGACGCAGAACCGGCCUUGGAAUACGCCGCCGGGAGGAGUGAUUUUCACCGAUGGGUCGGCGUGGACGUAAAUGCUGUAGAGGUGACAGUUGCCAUUGAAGAAUUUCUCGAGAAAGGGAGCAAAAGAGAGGUCGGAGUUUGUGAGGAAGAGGAAGGCAAUCUUGGGCUUGGGAUUGGUGGCGGUGCCCAAGUGGGAGUGCGUGGAGCACGUGCGCACGGGGGAAAGGCGGGUGGCCUUGCGGAAGAGAGCGAGGUCAUCGAAGAAGCGUGCCAGCGGGAGGAUUUUAUGGCCGAAGACAAAGAGAAGGGGUAA